AUGAAGUCUCUCGACGGUCGAUACAGCCCCAGCGAGUUCAAUCAAGACAUGGUACACCAGUUGAUCUGGCUGGCUGUGACUGCGUCCGAGAUCGCCCCCAUAUGCGUCCAACUGGCGCAUGCAAUCGAAGUAGGGCGCCAUGUGAGGCUCUCGUCGAAGAAGGCGUGCAAGAUGAUGAAGGGUGUUCGCGUUGCGUAUGACGAUGGUGUGGAAGAGACGAGUGCGGCACCUGUGCACGAAUGCUUUGGAAACGAGCGAGCAGGCGCGUGGUGUUCUGCGAUUCAUCUCGGCUGCUACUUCAUCGAGGAUCUGCUCCCAGAGCUUGAGUGA